ACGUGCUCUAGCUGGAAGGAGCACCGGAUUACACACGCACACAUACAUCCAAAGCUAGCUUGCAUUUCAUUUGCGGUGCACACAGGUAGCUAGCUAGCCCGGCACCAUGACGCUCAAGCUCUUAAUGGAAGUGAGCCCGCAGGAGCUGCUGGAGUCCCUCGCCGAGCUCCAGAACCACGUGCUCGGCUACGUCAAGUCUACGUCGCUCAAGUGCGCCGUGGACCUCGGCAUCCCGGCCACCAUCCAUAAGCGCGGCGGCACCGCCACCCUGGCCGACAUCGCGGCCGACGCCAAGGUGCACCCGGCCAAGGUCGCCGACCUCCGCCGCAUGAUGGCGCUGCUCAGCGCCUCGGGCAUCUUCACCACCACCGCCGCCGGCACCGGGGACGACGACGGUGCUGCCGACGACACGGCCGCCGUGCAGUACGGGCUGACCACCACGGGCCGCUUCCUCGUCGGCUGGCGCAACCUGUCCCCCGUGGCGCCCUUCUUCGUCAACCCUCUCAUCGUCUCCUCCUUCUUCGACCUGCCUGACUGGCUCAGGAGCGAGCCGGCGCCGGCCGGCGCUGGCUCCCUGUUCGAGCAGGCGCAUGGCUGCUCCAGGCAGGAGAUGGUGGGCAAGGACGCCGGGUUCGGCAGCGUCCUGAGAGACGCCAUGACCGCCGACAGCGAGCUCUUCCUGGAGGUCAUUAUUGUUGACAAGGGCCGCAUCUUCCGCGGCGUGAGCUCCCUCGUCGACGUCGGCGCCGGCAACGGCGCCGGCACGCGGGUGGUGGCCAAGGCGUUCCCGCGCAUCAAGUGCACCGUGCUGGACCUUCCUCAAUCCGUCGGCCAGGCAGCCGCCGCCGGCGACGGCAACCUGAGUUUCGUCGCAGGUGACAUGUUUGAAUCCAUUCCGCCGGCGGAUGCUGUCCUGCUCAAGAAUGUUUUGCAUGACUGGGGCCACGACGACUGCGUCAAGAUACUUCAACGUUGCAAGGAAGCCAUCCCCGCUAGGGGCGCCGGAGGGAAGGUGAUAAUCAUAGAUAUGGUAAGAGGGUCUCUGCUCGGCGAUAAGAAGAUCGGCGAGAUGGAAGCCAUGCAGGACAUGUUCGCGAUGUGCACCAACGGGGUGGAACGGGACGAGAGCGAGUGGAAGAGGAUCUUUUCCGGUGCUGGAUUCAGCGACGAUUACAAGAUCAUGCCGGUGUUGGGUCCCUUAUCAGUGAUGGAGAUCUACCCAUGAGAACGCGGCGAAAUAGGCCAUACUAAUGGACAUGAUAUGUUGCACGUAUAUACCCGAUCGAACUCAAGCACGUUUGUUUGCAUAUGUGCACAUGAACUAUGUGUGUUGUUAAUAAGCAGGCUACCUUGUUAACAUGCCUGUCUUGUCAUUUUUUAUUUCUUCAGCCCGUUAAUUAAGAGUAGCAAUUUCCAGAAUUAUUAUUGUAUUUUUAUGAAACUAUAUAUUAUGUUGAGAUCGAUAGUUGGAAAAAAAAAUCUCCCUGAGCAAGGUAAAAAAAUAUAUGAUAUAUUGUGCGUACAUCUGAACUCCAACACAUUUGUUUGUAUGUCGGCACCAACUAUGUAUUUUGUUAAUAAGCAGGCUACCUUGUUAACAUGCCUAUGUUGUCAAUUUUAUAUCUUCUAUUAGUUAAGUGUAACUAUUUCAAAAAUUUAUUAUUAUAUUCUAUAUGCCAUGUUGAGGUUGAUGGUUGGAAUUUAUUUUUCUGA